AUGAGUGAAAUAGAAUUAUUCAACUUGCAAGAAAAUGCUUUAGUAACCUCUCCAUGUCUGAUCAUUCAUGGUAAAUGCUCAAAACAAAAUGGUUCAAAGAAUAUUCAAGUUCAACAUCCUGCUUUACCUACUUUGAAUUUCCCUGUGAUUGAUAAUUUCUUUAAAGCUACUAUAAUUUUAAACCCUGGUUCAAAUAGGUUAACUUUUGUCACUGAUACCAAUAUAUCAAAAGUCGUUACUUGUAUUUACAGCCCACAAUAUCAAAAUUUACCAAUUCAUUUAUGUCUGCUUGUUGCUAACGACUCUCCUUUAGAAUUCGAUUCUCCAAGAUCUCAAAAGGAUAAAGAAGGUGGUAAUAAUUUGGAUUUAGCUAUCAGGAAAUUAAGAAUUGGUGGUCGUUUGAUGCAAGCUUUCACAAAUGAACAAAUGCUGCGUAAUGGGUUUGGUCAUCGUACUUUCCAAUUCGUUGAAGAAUACACUUGGGAUACCCAAUUUCAAACUAGACAACAAAUGAGAAAUACAAUCAAAAUUCAUAUUCUACGAUCUGAUAAAUCAACUAAGGAAAUUAGAGAUUAUGAUAUUGCCCAACAGAAUCCAAAGGCAAAAGAUGGUGGUGGUUUAUUUGGUGUCGCAAUGGAUGCUUUAAAAAAAUAUGGUGGUCCUUUUACAAAUAGUGACAAACCAGUGCAAGCCGCAGUGAUGUUCUUAGAUACCCACUGGGAUGGUAAACUUAUUACAGGUCAUGCUGCAUUGGGUGGUGGAACAAGCGAUAUAAAAUUAGCAAUUUUUGGUUCUCAUGGUUUAUAUUCAUGGCCACCAUCAAUGGAGCAAUUGAUUCCGUAUAUGUUAGAUAGUACUGAAGCUUCUACAAAGGAAGUCGCCAAUGACUGUAAUGAAUGUGGUACUCAUUGGGAAUGUCUAGUGGUGACUUUAGGUGCGUUUAUGCAUGAAAUUGGGCAUUUAUUGGGAUGUCCCCAUCAAGAAAAUGGUGUUAUGUUAAGAGACUAUACUAGGUUAAAUAGAUCAUUUUUAACUCAGGAAGCAUUUUCUGUUAGAACAAAAUCGUAUGGUGCUAAACCUCCAAUUUAUCCAAAGGAAGAAUGUGGUUGGCAUAGACUUGAUAUGUUAAGAUUCUUAUAUCACCCUUCCUUUACUCUACCUGAGGAUUAUUACGACCCUUCAUUCAUGAGACCUACCAGAUUAAAUAACCCUGGAAUCGCAGAACCUUCACUCUAUCCCUUAGGAAAUGGUACGUGUACUAUAAAUUCAGAAGGUGGUAUAUAUUGUGUCGAAAUAGUCUGCGGUGAUUUGGCCAGGGCUUACAUUGAAUAUAUCCCAAAAUCUCUCGGUGGACAAGGACCCCAACAUAAACUAACAUUAUCGAUACAAGAUAUACGUUCUAGAAUACCGCCAGAUCAUUUGGCCAAACACGGUAAUGAUUUUAAGAUCUCAUUGCUAGUUGCCAAUGGGCCAGGUAAAACCUUUGAUAACUUCCCUAAUCAAAUGAAUAUAUCAACAAUACCAAUGGACAGAUAUGGGUUUGGUAAAAAUGUUCAUGGUAUUAAAUCUACCAUGUUAGGUGGUGGGAAUAGAGGUAGUGAAAUAGAUAUCAUUCCAUUAGAUAUUGCUAAUAUAGUUGCAGUUAGAAUAUAUCACGGUGGUGCAUUGGAUGGUAUCAGAUUUUACCAAAAAAGACAAGAUCCGAAUAAGCCACCCACCAUUCCUUCUAGGACAUAUGCUGGAAAAUUGACAAACUCCAUGAAGGAUUUGGCUAUCAAAGAGGCUGAUAAUAACGUAUUAUUUGGUAAAGAGACUAGAAAUUACAGUGAUGUUAUUAUGGAACCAGGAGAAAUAAUAACAGGAUUCAAUGUAAGAUGUGGGGCUUGGAUAGAUGCUGUUCAACUAAUUACUAGUUACGGCAGAAUCACACAAAUGUUUGGUAAUGCCAAUGGUGGUGGUCUUGGUAAGUUAAUAGCUCCUGAAGGUAAAUAUAUUUUAGGUCUCUAUGGCAGAAUGAGUAAUUGGGUUGAUGCAAUGGGUAUUGUAUACGGUUGA